UUUUUUUUAAUUUCCUUUUUCCCGGCUUUUGAACUUCUCACUCAACUUCUCUCUCUAAACUGUUUCCCAACUUCUCUCUGAAUUUCUCUCUCCAUUUCAAAUUUAAUUUCAGUGAUUAUUUUCAUCCAUUUGCAUCAAAUUACUCUUCCGAUCUUCUUUUUUCUAAAAAAUGGUGAAGAAAGCGGCACCGAAGAAUCCGGCAGCGAAGAAACCGGCAGCGAAGAAACCGGCAGCGAAGAAACUUGAAUUCGACAAUUCCGUCGCUGAAAUGGCUGUUGAAGCUCCUCGAAGGCGAGGAAGAAGGCCAAAUGCUGUUUCUGAAGAAAUUCCUGUUGCUAAGGAAUCUGUGUCUAUAAAGAAGAACAAAAAGGCUGGCAGUCCGAAAUCAAAAGCAAUUGCGCUUGUAUCUGAAAAAGAACCAAUUGAAGAAGAACAACCUAAUCAACUAGUUUUACAAAAUUCUUCUCUGGUUGACGUUCCACAGCCUGAAUCUCAUCAACUUCAUUCACAAGUUUUGAAAGAAGUUGGCGCUGAUGGCCUGCCUAUCGUGUUUAAUUUUGAUACACAAUGUUCAGGAGGAUCAUUGUGUAAAUUAAUUAAAGACUUCUCUCCUGAUCAAAAGGCAGCUGUUCAAGAGAUAGGGUUUGGAGGAUUGUUAGGCCUUCAAUUAAGUCGAAAAAACACUCAGAUGAUGUACUGGUGCAUCAAGUGCUUUGAUGGUGUGAGUUCUCUGUUUACAAUCAGUGAUUCCAAGUAAUUUGAAAUCACUGAUUAUGAUGUGUACGAUUUGUUUAUGCUCCCCCUUUCUGAGCUGGAGGUUGAAGGGGUUAAACGUGGGCGCAAUUCCACUAAUCCUGAUUUUGAUUUGAAGAUCAAGUGGAGAAAAGAGUUCGGUUUUGAAGAGGUCAAUGCUCAAAUUCCUAUAAGGUUGCUUGAGGACAAGAUUAAAUUGUUGACAGAUGGUGGUGAUCUGUUUAAACAAUUAUUUGUUUUUGUUGCUUUCUCUACAUUUUUUACUCCAACAGCCAAUAGGACUGUAGAUUUGAGAUUGGCUAAGGCUUUGGAAGAUCCUAAAAUGAUUUCCAAAUACAAUUGGUGUAAAUACGUUCUUGACGUAUUAUGUGAGGAAACAGUGAAAUUUAAAAAUAGUUUAUUGAAAGGCAAAGAUCAAAAGACA